AAGUAGUAUUUAUACAUAGUAGUAGGCAAAUGAAGUAAACAUCACACGGAGUCCUCCAUAUACAUUCAUCGAGAGCUUUAAGCAUGAGUGGUGGAAUAUGGAAGAUGGAUGAAUAUGAAUAUCAUGAUGAUGACGAUGAGUCAUCAUAUGAUGAUGAUGAUGAUGAUGUGCAACCAGCGAGUCCUGCUGCACAGUACAUGAACAGCAAAGUGUUGUCCCUCUGCAUCAUUGCUGUUCUAGAGACCAAAGUUGCCCUCCAUCUCCAUGAACCCGAUCUCCUUUCUACUAUCAAGGAUGUCUUCUUGCCCAUCUGUCCUAGGUUUUCCUCUAUCAUGGUUAGCGAGGAAAACGGGGAAAAGAAAUGGAAACGGGUGCAAGUAAAUGUUGCCGACCACCUCCACUUCCCGACAUAUCCGUCCGGAAGGGAACCGGAAUACUACGACGAGCGCCUGUCGGAGUAUCUGACAAAGAUCUCCAUGGAUCCGUUUCCACAAACACGUCCGUUAUGGGAAAUUCACAUCUUCGGAUACCCGACGAGCGACGCACCCGGGAGCUUCAUCUUCAAGCUCCACCACUCGCUCGGAGACGGGUACUCGUUGAUUGGGGCUCUUCUCUCCCUCCUUAAAAGGGUUGAUAACCCUGCGCUUCCCAUGACGCUCCCUCGCCGGGUGAGCAGUCAACCGGCGAGGGGGAGGGGGAUGAAUUUCCUCAGAGCCAUUCCGAGGUUGUUGACCGGGGUGGCCCACACGGUGGCGGACUUUACGUGGAGCUUUAUGAAGAGUAGCUGGGUUGAUGAUGACCGGACGGCGGUUCAUUCCGGCGAUGAGGGAGUGGAGUUGAGGCCCAUUGCUGUCACCACCGUCUCCAUAUCACUGCAGCACCUCCGACAAAUCAAAACCAAUCUUAAAGUGACGAUAAACGACGUGAUAACGGGGAUAGUGACUUACGGGACAAGGCUAUACAUGCAAGAGAUGGAGAGAGAGACGUGCAACGGGAGGUGCACUUCCCUGGUGCUCUUCAACACCCGGGCUAUCGGAGGCUACAAGACGGUGGCGGAGAUGAUCAAACCAAACGCCGAAAUGCCUUGGGGCAACCGCUUCACUUUCCUUCCUCUGGCCAUUCCCAAACUCCCUCCGGCGGCGGCAGCGGCGGAUCCCCUUCGGUUUGUCUUCGAAGCCCAUCGUGUGGUCAGGAGGCAAAUGUAUUCCGCUUCGGUUUAUCUCAAUGCCCAACUCCUCGAAUUCUCCCGGAAGCUCAGAGGCCCUGAGGCAACGGCAAAAAUGAUUCGAGGAAUAUUAAAGAACACAAGCAUUACUAUGUCAAACAUGAUUGGUCCGGUGGAAGAAGCAACCUUCCUUAAUCAUCCUCUCAAAGGCAUCUAUGUCUUUGUUGCUGGCGCUCCACAGUCUCUAACGGUGGAGAUGGUGAGCUACGUGGACAUUAUGAGAUUGUCGAUUGUGGGGGAGAAAGAUUUCAUAGAUGGGAAGAGGCUCAAGUCCUGCAUCCUUUCUGCUUUUCACCAAAUCUACACUUUGGGUGUAAAUUAAAUACAAUCACUCUCCAACUCUAUUCGGUCUGUUUGACUUUUUUUAUUUUAAUUGGAAAAACUUCAAAAGGUGUUGCUUAAUUCACAAUUAAAUAAAGGGUAUUGCUAAAUUUGCUCUCUUUUUGGCAAAAUCCACUCUUUUUGUACAAAAUGGACAAUUACAUGUGUCGUUAAGAUGUGUUGCAUCUAAAGUUGAACAAUUGUAUUUAAGGGCAUAAACUUCUCCUCUUUUC